CUCAAGGAGAGAUUCAGAAGAUCAGUAAAAAUCUGAAGACGUGAUUUUUGCAUUUGCACAAAAACAAGACUGUUGUUUUCUAAACUCUGUGUUCUCACUGUGUGGGCGAGAAGGCACUCAGAGGAUAGACACUUGAGUGAUGGGGCCCACUCCAGCCCUGGGAUUAAUCAUGCUGUUUGUUGCAGCUGUUUCUUCCAUUGCUGAUGGUGGAAAAGUGUUAGUUUUCGGUGUGGAAGGGAGCCACUGGCUUAAGAUGAAAAUCCUGGUGGAGGCCCUUCAUUCUCGGGGCCAUGACAUCACAGUGAUCCGUACUUCCACCAGUUGGUACAUAAAAGAUUCUUCACCUCAUUACACCUCCAUCACCAUCACCCUGGAACAGGGUCAAAACAUUGAAAGUCAGAGCCUCAUGAGCAACUUCUUGAAAAGGUCACUAGACUUUCAAAAGAGCAACGGCUCACCGUGGGCGCUUCUGGCCUACUAUCAUAACACUUUUAACCUGCUUCAGAAGGACGAAGAAGUUACAGCAAAAGUGGCCGCCACCAUCUUGGAGAAUAAGACACUGGUUAAGGAGUUGAAACACAACAAGUUUGAUCUUUUAUUGACUGACCCUUGUCUUCCAGGUGGAGUGUUGUUGGCACAUUAUCUCCAGUGUCCAAUGGUUUUGGUUGGUCGCUGGUUUUUCAGUGGUGAGGCCCACUUUGCUAUUGCUCCUUCACCUCUUUCCUACAUCCCUCAAUUAUUCUCCAAACUGACAGACAAAAUGGAUUUCUUUCAAAGGGUCAAAAAUAUCCUCCAUCAUGGCUUAAUGUUGUACAUGUACUACUAUGUCACCAAUCCACCAUACCAGGCAGUCUGUGACCAUUACUUUGGACCUGAUACCAAUGUUAUGUCUCUCAUUCAGGGGGCUGAUAUCUUUCUAAUUAGUGCUGAUUUCACUUUUGAGUUUCCUCACCCCACCAUGCCUAAUGUUGUCUAUAUUGGUGGGUUCCAUUGUAGGCCCCCCAAGCCUCUUCCAUCACACUUAGAGGAGUUUGUGCAAAGUUCUGGUGACCAUGGGGUGAUUAUUAUGACUCUGGGCACCCUGCUGGGUGACCUCGGCCCUGAGAUAUCGGAGAUAUUUGCCUCAGCAUUUGCCAGCCUCCCACAGAAGGUUUUGUGGCGCCACACUGGAAAAAGACCUGUCACUCUGGGAAACAACACCAUGCUGGUUGACUGGCUCCCUCAAAAUGAUCUCCUAGGUCAUCCUAAAACCAGGAUCUUGGUUUCACAUGGGGGGACAAAUGGACUUUAUGAGGCCAUCUACCAUGGUGUACCAGUCCUGGGAGUUCCUCUCAUCUUUGACCAACAUGACAAUAUGGUUCGCAUGACAGCAAGGGAAGUGGCUGAAGUAGUUGAUGUGACAAACUUGGAUGUUGAGUCUCUAACAAAGGCUCUGAAGAAUCUAUUAGACCUUGAAAAGCCUUACCGAGAGAAUAUGCAGAAACUAUCCCAGAUUCAUCGUGACAAACCACUAAAACCAAUAGACAGCGCCACUUUCUGGAUGGAGUAUGUCAUGAGACACAAGGGUGCACCACAUCUGCGCACUGAGUCGUACAAGUUGCCGUGGUAUACCUAUCAUUCUCUUGAUGUGAUAGCAUUCUUUCUAGGAUGUGGGCUGCUGAUUGUUAUCUUAAUUGUGACUUCCUGUGGAUGUCUGUUCAGAUGUUUUUCAAAUACCAAAAACUUCAAAUCUAAGUCUAAAAGAGAAUAGAUGAGUGGACAAAUUAAGAAGAUUGAUAAAAAUAUUAUAAACAACAUAUACAAAUUUUGUUUACAAAUGUGUUUAUUAUGCGGAAUGUAAAAUACUACAAUAAAAGUGAUACUUUUAGUCUGUUAUCUCCUUGACUAUUCAUUCUGUCUCUUGGUAGGACAACACAUUGUUGUGUAUGUGUAUUGUACUGUUUAUGUCGAGGAGUCCUGGCAUGUUACUCUGGUACAGGAAAUACAGAAAGAUGGGGUGACACAUACAGAAAAAUCUUGGUGUGGUUUAUCUAGUGACAUUUAUGGAUGUGUAUACACCUUCCACUUAUGAAUAUCACCGUGAAUAGCACAAAAAAAGCAUAAAACCAUGUUUCCGUAGUGGUCCACACAAAAAGUCAGCCAGGAUGGGACUAGAACCUUUGGCUGCUACAAACCACAGCUUGUGGCAUAAGGUAAGUUCAUUAUCCCCUUGGUCACCUGUGUACUCAGUAGUUCUUCUAAAAGUUCAUCUCCCAUGAACUGAAGAAUCAUCUGAGUAACUGAUGACCUGCUCUUUUAGUUAUAAUGCAACAGGUUCUGUGAAUCACUGCUGAUCACUGAGA